UAAGGCACCUCAUGUUACUGGUGGUUGCCAAAAGCCGUUAAACGACAAGAAGAAGAAGAACGCCCAUUUUGCUCCCACUGUCAAGGCAUCGGAUUGUACUGAAUAUCAACAGACGGAAGAGGACAAAGAGCUGCAAUGGACGGUGAUGUUGCAGUUGGUGUGAAGAGAGGCUCAGAUGAGCUCAACAUGUACAGUAGCAGCCCCACCCCUUUGACCGCAAACGGCAGUGACAGUAAGAAACAGCGACUGGAAGAAUCCCCUCCCUCCAGAGUUCUCCACAUCAGGAAACUUCCCAAUGAAGUGUCAGAGACUGAAGUCAUUGCCUUGGGGCUGCCCUUUGGAAAGGUCACCAAUAUACUGAUGUUGAAGGGGAAAAACCAGGCGUUCCUGGAGUUGGGCACAGAAGAAGCAGCCAUUACUAUGGUGAACUACUACACAGCUGUCACGCCCCAGGUCAGAAACACUCCGGUCUUCAUCCAGUACUCCAACCAUAAGGAACUGAAAACGGACUCUGCUCUGAACCAGAGGGCCCAGGCAGUGUUGCAGGCGGUGUCAGCAGUUCAGGAUGGAAGCUCCCCAUCCUCUGACCCUGGAGUGUUGGACCUAGCUCCACCCCCCAGCCCUGUCCUGCGAAUUAUCAUCGACAACAUGUUUUAUCCCGUGACACUGGACGUUCUACAACAGAUCUUCAGUAAGUUCGGGACCGUCAUGAAGAUAAUAACCUUCACCAAGAACAACCAGUUUCAGGCUCUUCUGCAGUUCAGCGACCCCGUCAAUGCACAGCAAGCUAAACUGUCUUUGGACGGACAGAACAUCUAUAAUUCAUGCUGCACUCUGCGGAUCGACUUCAGUAAGCUGGUCAACCUCAACGUCAAAUACAACAACGACAAGAGUCGAGAUUACACCAGACCCGACCUUCCUACCGGAGACGGGGAGUCGGUCAACAAGGAUCAUUCUUUAUUGGGUACCCCAUCUGGAGCGCUAGCUUCCUACUCUAGUGGAGGAGGGUACUCAUCUUCUCUCUCCCUCUCGCAGGGUGGAGGAGCCAUCAGUCCUCUGAGUGCUGCAGCAGCGGCGGCAGCAGCCGCUGGCCGCGUUGCUCUGUCCGGGUCCGGAGUGUCAGGAGUCCUGUUGGCCUCCAACCUCAAUGAAGAGAUGGUCACGCCUCAAAGUAUCUUUACCCUCUUCGGAGUCUAUGGUGAUGUCCAGAGGGUGAAGAUCCUCUACAACAAGAAGGACAGUGCUCUGAUACAGCUGUCCGAUGGCAACCAGGCUCAGCUGGCGAUGAGCCACUUGAAUGGCCAAAAGGUGUUUGGUAAAGUGAUGCGAGUGACUCUGUCCAAGCAUCAAACCGUGGCCUUGCCCAGAGAAGGAUUGGAUGACCAACUGCUCACUAAAGAUUUUUCUGGCUCACCACUCCAUCGCUUUAAGAAGCCGGGAUCCAAAAACUUCCAGAACAUCUUCCCUCCCUCUUCAACACUUCACCUCUCCAACGUCCGGGAUGCAGUCGGAGAGGAUGACCUACGUCUGCUGUUCUCCAACGGUGGAGGAACCGUCAAGGCCUUCAAGUUCUUCCAGGACCGUAAGAUGGCCCUGAUCCAGAUGACGUCGGUAGAGGAGGCCAUCCAGACUCUGAUGGAGCUUCACAACUACGACAUGGGAGGGAAUCACCACCUGAAAGUUUCCUUUUCAAAGUCUACCAUCUGACCCCCACGCCUGACUCCUAAACCUUAAGAUCUAUGACGAGUGAGGAAGUCACCACCAUUUGUCGUCUCUUCAGCGUUUUACGUUAAACCUCCGCUGCGCUUUUUCCGAUCCUUUUAAUUUAGCCGAUAUUUUAUCAGUGAAAUGUGCUUCGGUAUCCAAAGCUUCAAACUCAACGUAACACAUUAGAAACGUUAAAGUAUUUCAGUUAAAAUAUUGAGAGAAAUCCAAAAUCCGCAAAGCAAAUCUUCUUGACCAGUAGAAGCAGCACAAACAUCACACUUUGGCCAUCUUAAAGGGCAACUAAACACCAGCUGAACUUCUUUUUCUUUGUUCUCCUGUGACAUCACUGUUGGAUGGGUGUGGCUACAGAUGAACACUGUUGACCAAAGCCUGCUGUCACUCUUUAAAGCGGCUGAGAAGUUUUUUUAUUUAAUCUUUUAUUAUUUGAAAUAGCAGGGUUUCUUGUAUUCCUCUAUCCACCUGUCAAUAUGGUAGUAGUAUCUAUUUCCUGUUGAGGUUUGACUUCCUGUAAUUAGUCAUCCGUUUCCUUCUCUUUACAUGCUUGAACCACCUACCGAUCCUUUAGUGUUCCCAUGAAAACAGCCGCUUCGAUCCCCAAACCACCAUCCGUUGUCUGUUGUGGUCGUAACUCCCAACGCAGCACCUCUUAGCGUGUGACCACUCUUUCCUUCUCCGGUCGGCGGCUCAUCAGCUGCUGUUUUUCAUUCUUAGUGUGCUGGUUCCCUCCAAAUGUUCAUUUGGGCACGUCCAAGCAACGAGCAUGAGGGAGUAGAGUAGAUGGGGUUGUAACUAAAAGUUGAAAGUUAAAUGUAAAUAUGAGCAGUUUUACAUUACCAGCACCCACUUUUAUACUUUGUAGGCAUGUCGGCGCCCCUAAAACACUAAAACAGCUUUCAGAUCUACACAGAAUCUCAUGUAGUUUAAAUAUCAAAUGGAUCUACGUUUGAGGAUUGCAGUACCCAGAAAUCCUCAAAGGAAAGUAGAAGAAACCUCUUGUUGUGCAGCGUCGUGCAAUUUCUAAAUAUCAAAAGGCAUUUUUUUCUUAACUGGCACAAUGUCAUGCCGUUUCUCCCUCAGCUGAUUCUACACAAUCCGACUCAAAGCAUCAUCGUACCCCUUCUAUGAGGAUGCUUAAGGACAGUUGAAUAGCUCGACAUUUAUUUUCCACUAGCAUUGAUAUUAACCGUGAGGAUCCAAAGCGUUCAUCAAAGAAUAGAGGUUUCUUUAAAGUUUGAAUCUCAUUCUUUUAUAGACUAUGAUGUUAGUGUGUGUGCACACUCACGCACACACACACACACACACACAUAUCAAAACGUACACAGGAUGCAUGCAAAUGCUGUCUGUUUGGACAAAGUUUCAUGUGAUUCUGGUCUUGGGCUCUGAUUUUGGCAGCAGGCCUGUUGGGACUAAAGUACAUGUGCCUUUAGUCUGAUUUGAUCUGUUGUGUCUUGAAGCAGAUUAUUUUACUGGUAAAGUCUGGUGAUCUUGUGUCGUGAACCUGUAGAAACCGAUUCUUUAGUUAAUUAUCUUUCGAUGGAAGUGGACCUCGUCUAACAUGAGCUCUUUCAUCUAGCAGACAUCCACAGGAAGCUGGCUCACUGGUUCAGCUGAGGUCUUCUUCAAAGUGUUUAUUUUGUGUUUUAUCACUCGUCUCCGGUUCUUGACUUCCAGUUUUUCUUUUCAGGAGAUUGUUGUACAUUUUCUGAUUUUAAGUAUGUUUUCUUUUGUGGCAACAUUUCCAGCCCAAAUUAAACACGUGUUUUCUA